AUGAAAUGGGUCGAGCGGAAUGCAAUUCCGUAUUCGAAGCAGUUCCGUGAUCACAACUUCUAUCUUCUUCCACCCAAAGUCCUCAAGUAUGGAGCAACCCAGACUGUGGGAGAACUCAGGAAUUCUCUGUUCUCGCAAACAGGAGAAUACGGGAAGAAAUGUACGAAGAAUUCGGAUUGUGGACCAGAAGAGUUUUGCGAUGAAGUCGUGCAGCGAUACAAAGAAUUUGAAAAAAAUGUCGAAAGACUGUCAAACUACAAACCUAUGAUGUGCUUCGCAGCUCCACGGUGUACGGGGAAAGUCUACAAAGAUCCAGACCUCCUUGGCAUUCAUUUAUGCAACGGGACCGGAGACACGUGUCCACCGUCUACGUUUUGUGACACUGGAUCAAAUGUCAACAGCAAAGUACCUGCCUUCAAAUCAAUUGGCGUCUGCUGUCAAUAUGACUGCACCAAGGAUAUAGACGCGAGUGCCAAGGAUCGAGCUGAUGCUAGCAUUAAGUCCUAUGCUAGAUUCACAUCGAACAACAAACAAUGUCAGAACGAAGGGAAUUGCCAAGACCUGGGCAGCGCCGCUAAAUGCAUACCAGUCAAAGACUCAGGGACACCUAUCGAGCCAAUGGAACUGUCACCAGAAACCUAUAAAAUGUGUUGUGUAUACACCGCUAAGAAUGAGUCAGAACUUUAUCGUUGCCAUACUGGAGAGCCUGGCAAAGACACCGCGGGCAAAGUUAUGAAGUGUAACACAGACGAAGACUGCAACAGAGUGGAAGGUCAAGAACUGACCUCUAAGGAUAAAUGGGAUUUCGAAUGCGUAGUAUCUCCCGCCGGAAUCAAGUUUUGCUGCCCUGGUAAGUUUGAUAUGCCGAAUAAAUGA